AAGUUAACGAAGGGAGUCCACAGAAGAGAAAAUCUUGUGUGGUUUUUUUUUUCUUUUCUAUUUUUCGGAGCUGGGGACUGAACCCAGGGCCUUGCGCCUGAUAGGCAAGUGCUCUACCACUGAGCUAAAUCCCCAACCCAGAAGAGAAAAUCUUAACUACCACUUGAGUGGCUUUUCUAUCCCAUAGUAGAAGUUUGUUCUCUGGUGGAACUUUUGGGGUCACUUAAGUAUACUAUCAUAUCAUCCUCAGAUAGAGAUCUUUUGACUUCUUGCUGUCCAAUUUGUAUUCUUUUGACCACCUUUUGUUCUCUGAUUGCUCUGGCUAGAACUUCAAGUACUAUAUUAAAUAAGUAGAGAAAGAGUGGGCAGCCUUGUCUAGUCCCUGAUUUUAGUGGGGUUGCUUCAAAUUUCUCUCCAUUUAGUUUGAUGUUAAGUACUGGUUUACUGUAUAUGGCUUUUACUAUGUUUAGGUAUGGGCCUUGAAUUCCUGAUCUUUCCAGGACUUUUGUCAUGAAGGGGUGUUGAAUUUUGUCAAAUGCUUUCUCAGCAUCUAAUGAAAUGAUCAUGUGGUUUUUAUCUUUGAGUUUGUUUAUAUAGUAGAUUGUGUUGACGGAUUUCCGUAUAUUGAAACAUCUCUGUGUCCCUGGGAUGAAGCCUACUUGAUCAUGAUGGAUGAUCAUUUUGGUGUGUUCUUGGAUUCGGUUUGCAAGAAUUUUAUUGAGUAUUUUUGCAUUGAUAUACAUAAGGGAAAUUGGUCUGAAGUUCUCUUUGUUGGGUCUUUGUGUGGUUUCGGUAUAAGAGUAAUUGUGGCUUCAUAGAAGGAAUUUGGUAGUGCUCCGUCUGUUUCUAUUUUGUGGAAUAGUUUGAACAGCAUUGGCAUGAAGGUCUGAUAGAAUUUUGCACUAAACCCAUCUGGUCCUGGGCUCUUUUUGGUUGGGAGACUUUUAAUAACUGCUUCUAUUUCUUUAGGAGUUACAGGGUUGUUUAGAUGGUUUAUUCCUGACUUAACUUUGGUACAUGUCAUUCGUCUAGAAAACUGCGCAUUUCCUCCAGAUUUUCCAGAUUUGUUGAAUAUAGGCUUUUGUAGUAGUAUCUGAUGAUUGUUUGAAUUUCCUCUGAUUCUGUUGUUAUGUCUCCCUUUUCAUUUCUGAUUUUGUUAAUUUGGAUACUCUGUCUGUUCCCUCUGGUUAGUCUGGCUAAGGGUUUAUCUAUCUUGCUGAUUUUCUUUUCUUUUUUUUUUUUUUUUUUUGGUUCUUUUUUUUCGGAGCUGGGGACCGAACCCAGGGCCUUGCGCUUCCUAGGCAAGCGCUCUACCACUGAGCUAAAUCCCCAGCCCUCUUGUUGAUUUUCUUAAAGAACCAGCUCCUGGUUUUGUUAAUUCUAUGGUCCUUUUUGUUUCUACUUGGUUGAUUUCAGCUCUGAGUUUGAUUAUUUCCUGCCUUCUACUCCUCCUGGGUGUAUUCGUUUCUUUUUAUUCUUGAGCUUUUAGGUGUGCUGUCAAGCUGCUAGUGUAUGCUCUCUCCAGUUUCUUUUUGCAGGCACCCAGAGCUAUGAGUUUUCCUCUUAGCACUGCUUUCAUUGUGUCCCAUAAGUUUGGGUAUGUUGUAUCUUCAUUUUCAUUAAAUUCCAAGAAGUCUUUAAUUUCUUUAUUUCUUCCUUGACCAAAUUGUCAUUGAGUAGAGCAUUGUUCAACUUCCACAUAUAUGUGGGCUUUCUGUCAUUAUUGUUGUUGUUGAAGACCGGCCUUAGUCCAUGAUGAUCUGAUAGGAUGCAUGGGAUACUUCUCUCUUCCUGUAUCUGUUGAGACCUGUUUUGAUCAAUUGUGCAGAAGGUACCAUUGGGUGCUGAGAAGAAGGUAUAUCCUUUUGUUUUAGGAUCUAAUGUUCCAUAAAUAUGUUAAAUCCAUUUGGUUCAUAACUUCUUUUAGUUUUUCUAUGUCUCUGUUUAAUUUCUGUUUCCAUGAUCUGUCCAUUGAUGAGAGUGGGGCAUUGAAAUCUCUUACUGUUAUUGUGUGAGAUACAAUGUGUGAUUUGAGCUUUAGUAAGGUUUCUUUUAUGAAUGUAGGUGCCCUUGCAUUUGGAGCAUAGAUAUUUAGGAUUGAGAGUUCAUCUUGGUGGAUUUUUCCUUUGCUGAAAAUUAAGUGUCCUUAUCUUUUUUAAUGACUUUUGGUUGAAAAUCGAUUUUACUUGAUAUUAGAAUGGCUACUCCAGCUUGUUUGUUUGUUUUGUUUGGUUUUGUUUUUGGACCAUUUGCUUGGAAAAUUGUUUUCCAGUCUUUUACUCUGAAGUAGUGUUGUCUAUGUUGUGUGUUUCCUGUAUGCAGCAAAAUGCUGGAUCCUCUCUACGUAUCCAUUCUAUUAGUCUAAGUCUUUUUAUUGGGGAAUCGGAUGUUAAGAGAUAUUAAGGAAUAGUGAUAGUUGCUUCCUGUUAUCUGUGUUGUUAGAGGUGGAAUUAUGUUUUUGGUUUUGUUACAAGGAGAUUAUUUUCUUGUUUUUUCUAGGGUUUACUUUUCCUCCUUGUGCUGGAGUUUUCCAUCUAUUAUCCUUUGUAGGGGUGGAUUUGUGGAAAGAUAUUGUGUAAAUUUGGUUUUGUCAUGGAAUAUCUUGAUUUCUCCAUCUAUGUUAAUUGACAGUUUUGCUGGAUAUAGUAGCCUGGGCUGACAUUUGUGUUCUUAGGAUCUGUAUGACAUCUGCCAGGCCUUCUGGCUUUCAUAGUCUCUGGUGAGAAGUCUGGUGUAAUUCUGAUAGGUCUGGCUUUAUAUGUUACUUGAACUUUUUCCUUUACUGCUUUUAAUAUUCCUUUUUUUGUUUUGUGCAUUUGGUGUUUUGACUAUUUUGUGACAGAAUUUCUUUUCUGGUUCAAUUUAUUUGGAGUUCUGAAUGCUUUUUGUAUGUUUAUGGGCAUCUCUUUCUUUAGGUUAGGAAAGUUUUCUUCUAUAAUUUUGUUGAAGAUAUUUACUGGUCCUUUGAGCUGGGAGUCUUCACUCUCUUCUAUACCUAUUAUCCUUAGGUUUGAUCUUCUCUCUGUGUCCUGGAUUUCCUGGACAUUUUGGGCCAGGAGCUUUUUGCAUUUCACAUUAUCUUUGACAGUUGUGUCAAUGUUUUCUAUUGUAUCUUCUGUCCCUGAGAUUCUCUCUUCUAUCUCUUGUAUUCUGUUGGUGAUGCUUGCAUCUAUGACUCCUGAUCUCUUCCCUAAGUUUUCUUUUUCCAUGAUUGUCUCCUUUUGUGCUUUCUUUAUUGUUUCUAUUUCCAUUUUUAAAUCCUGGACUUUUUUUUCAAUUCCUUCAUCUGUUUGGUUGUAUUUUCCUGCAAUUCUUUCAGGGAUUUUUGUGUUCCCUCGUUAAGGGCUUCUACUUGUUUACUUGUGUUGCCCUGUAUUUCUUUAAGGGAGUUAUUUAUGUCCUUCUUAAAGUCCUCCAUCAUCAUCAUCAAAUGUGAUUUUAAAUCUAAAUCUUGAUUUUCUUGUGUGUUUAGAUAACCAGUAUUUGCUUCGAUGGGAGAACUGGGCUCUGAAGAUGCCAAGUAGUCUUGGUUUCUGUUGCUUAGAUUCCUGCACUUGGCUCUCGCCAUCAGGUUGUCUCUGGUGCUAGCUUGUCUUGCUGUUUCUGACAGUGGUUUGGCCCUUCUGUAGGCCCGUGUGUCAGCACUCUGGUAGAACUGUUUUCCUGCUUUCUUUCAGUCAUUUCUGGGAACAGAGUGCUCUGCUCUCAGGUGUGUAGGCGCUCCUGGUGAAUGUCUUUCAGUUCUCAUAGCAGGCAGGAAUCGGAAGGGUCCUGCCCCUGACUGCUCCUAGGUCUCUGUGCCCAGGGGGCACAGAUGGCACUAGGUGAUUCCCUCUUGGGUGGGGAAUGUGGGCCCCAAGUCUGCUUUCUUAAAGAACCCAGGACCACUAGCCCAGGUGAUGGCAACACGUACAGCAGGCUCCACCCUGCCCCCCAUCAAUCACUAACCAAGAAAUAAACGCUUUACAGUUAGAUCUUAUAGAAGCAUUUUUCUCAAUUGAGAUUCCCUGCCUUCAGAUAACACCGGCUUGCGUCAGUGAUGUAAGAUUAGUCAGCCUGAUAACCAAUCAAAAGGCUCAUCCCUAGGAAGACCAAUUCUCCCUCUCUCAGCACUUGCUAAUUGCUUGUAGCUCUUUCAUAAAACAUAAACUUGACAGUAAACAAAUCUCUAGCAUGUAUUCAAACUCACAGAGAUUAAACUACUCAUUAUCGAAUGAUGAAUCGGUCACAGAAGAAACCAAGAGAAACGUAUUUCCUAUUAACUAAAUUGAAAUGAGAACACAAUCCAAGAAAACUUUUAACUGCCUCUAGAUCUACAUGGAGGGGUGAUGUGGGCAAGGUCUCACCUGCUGGAACGAAAGUGGCCUCUCUAGCUGGUUUUUGACGUAGAAGAUUCUACACAUGCGCAGUAACCACCUUCCUUGCUGGCACACAGGUCCGCUCUCCACGUUGAAUGUGCGCCCACACCUGGCACGAGCCUGGCACCCGCUUGUUUGUAUUUACCAGCGUUGCUUGGCUACCGCUUUGCCAACUGCACCUGCAGUUGACAGCUACUGUAUCAGCACGGAGAUUCCCUACUAUGACCUUGUGGGGAGACUUGGCCCUGGGCUUUUUUUGAUAUCGAAAUCUUUAGGAGCUGGAUUACUAUACGCUUCUGUUCUGCGUUUAGGGGGCGUCAUUUUAGCAUAGUCUUUUAUUUGGGUUUGGGGAUGUGGGAGAAGCUUAACAGGAGGGAAGGGGCCUUCGAAGCAGACAUUUACCAUGCAGAUGCUCUUCCACAAAAAACAAAGGACGCCCCUGGGCUUCUGUGAUGGCCUGGAUAAUGUCUUCGUGGGCUUUGGGAGCAAGGAUGAGAAAGGUUGUCGACCGCCCAAAUACCAUGCCAGCUAUGCACCUUAUUACCCAAUCCACAAGGCUGCAAGCAUGGGUGAUGUGAACACAGUAAAGAGCUUCGUCGAACGGGGAGUUUUCGCAAUGGAACAAACAGAUUGGAAGUACAGGACUGCUCUGCACUUUGCCUGUGUCUAUGGCCAUCCAGAGGUGGUGACUCUCCUGGUGGAAAGCAGCUGUGAGAUCAGUCCCAAGGACAUUAAAGAUGCCACACCUCUAAUUAAGGCCUCCCAGUGCAGACAAACGGAAUGCCUCAAUAUUCUCUUGAAGCAUGGCGCUGACCCAAACAUUAUGGACUGCAGUGACAAUACUGCCCUGCACUACGCUGUCUACAACGGGGACAUCGAAACAGCCACUAAGCUGCUUGAAUACAAGGCCAACAUCGAAGCGAUAAACGAGAACAAGAUCACACCGCUUUUGCUUGCUCUGAAACAAAACAAGGAGAAGAUGGCAGAAUUCUUAAUCCACAACGGAGCAAACGCAAAGACAUGUGACUUCCUGGGAAGAAGCAGCCUUAUGUAUGCUGUAAGAUGUGGGUCAGAACUUAUCAUCAAGCUGUUGCUUCAAAGAGAUAUCGACACCUUUAAGCAAGAUGUUUUUGGAUGGACAGCUAAGCGUUAUGCUGUUGAGAGUAAAAGCAGAGUUAGGAAGCUCCUCAUCGACUAUGAUGAAGAGGAGCUGAGACAGCGAUGCUCUGAGAUUACCAGAAAAGAUGCUUGCACAAGGCCCAUCCUGCCUACCGUGAAAGUGAAGGAUUCUCCUCGGAGCGAAGCAGUGGAAAAGGCAGAGGCAAGACCAUCCAAGUCAGAGAGCAACGAGGAGGACACUUGCACAACGCCCACCCUGCCUACCACGAAAGUGAAAGACCCUUCUCAGAGUGAAGCAGUAGAAAAGGCAGAGGCAAGACCAUCAAAGUCAGAGAGCGCCGAGACAGAUGCUUGCCCAACGCCUAACACCCAAGUGGAAGAUUUCUCUCAAAAUGUGGCAGCAGAAGAGGCAGGGGCACACCCAUCAAGGUCAGAACCAGGCUUAGGAGUGUCCUCAGAGAAAAAAGCAAACACGUCUGACCAUAAUGAAAAUAGCCGGUCACUGGACAGUCAUAACUCUGGGGACCAAGAGGAAAACAGCAAAGACAUCACAAAAAGAAGAGUGCUGGAUUUGUCAGCAGAGGUAGUCAUCGAAGUGUCUUCAGAAGAGGAACAGAAGGGAGACGAUAAGGAUGGUGAUGACGGUGAUGAUGAGGAUGGUGAUGACGGUGAUGAUGAGGAUGGUGAUGACGGUGAUGAUGACGAUGGUGAUGACAGUGAUGAUGAGGAUGGUGAUGAAGACAAAGAUGGCGCUGGACACCAGAAACAUAUGGAAGAAGAAUCACAGCAGCCUGCAGGGAAAAGUAACCAAGAGAAUCCUUCCCAUAAGCCGUCCGCAUUCCAGGAAGGUAAAGAUACAGCUGAGGACUCUGAGGAUGUCACAACAGAGCAACCCUUGGGAAAAGAUGAGGAGCCCAAGUCACAGAGAGAUUCAGAUUCAGAUAGGACCACUGAGGAAGAAGCAACAAAGGAGCCAUUAGGACAAGAUAAGACACCCAUAUCACGGACAGUCGAAGAUUCGCCUGAGGACUCUGAGGAAGAAGCAAGGAAACAACCAGUAGAAAAAAGUAACAAAGAGAGCCAUUGUCAGAAAACAAAUAAUGAUAAGAAGUUUUCACAGAUACUUGAAGAUUCAAGUAUGGAGUCUGAGGAAGAAGCGCCAGAGCAGCCAGUGGAGAGAAGUAACCAAGGGAGCCCUUAUAAGAAGUCCAUAUUGCAGAAAUCAGAAGAUUCAAGUGGAGACUCUGAGGGUAUUUUUGAGUGUCUUACCAAGAAGGGUAUCAGUCAUUUACAUGGUGCUUCAGGUCAAACUGGAGAUCAACACAUUAAAGAAUCUCCAAAGAAGUGUCUUCUCUUUAAGCCCACCACUGAAAUGAAUGACUCGGGUCCUAAAAAUGCAUUAGAAAUGACAGAUGCGCAAGCAUUACCAUCAGAAAAUUCAGAUUUAGAAGUGACAUCAUCAGAAAGCGAAAAAAGUCAGAGUGAUAGUACGAUUAAUUCACCAUUGACUGUAUUUAAGUACCUUCCAAGGAAGGAAGAGAAUGCUUAUUUAACUGGAAGUACACUUCUACAAGGACAACAUACAGCAACUGGACAAAUGAAAGCAGAGUCAGAGGCUGAAGACACAUCAACAGAAGAGGCAAGAAGUGAUGAUGGCAGCGAAAGUACCCAGGCUUUUAGUAUCUCUGAGACAUAUGGAUUAAAGAAGAUUUUGGGUUAUUUACGGAGGAUAUCAGACCAACAAGCACAAAAGGUGGCCACUGGAAGAAUGACUGCAGAAGUCAAGAAAAUGAUGUCCAGAGACGAGCAAAGCCACAGUGAAAGCAGUGUGAGCGACCACUCAUGGACUUUCUCAGAUCUGCCACAGAGGGUAGACGUGAAUCCUUUGAUUAGAAGCAGAGAUCAGAUGGGAGAAAAUACGGCAAGAGGAGAACUGAAAGGCAAGGGAGUGACAGCCAUAGGAAAGCUCAGAAGGCCCAGCAGCAGGGCAAGUGUGGACUCACUGUCUACGUCUGAGCGUCCUUCUCAGGAGCAAGCUGUGGGUCAUAUGUCAGAGACUGCAGAUCCAAGAAGAGAAAAUACCGGAAAGGGUGAAAUGAAAGUAUUUUCAGAUUUUUCAAAGGAAAGUCCUCCUCAGCUCAAGCCUACCGUUAAAAGGAAAAGUUCGUUUCUAAACAGAGCAGUGGCAAAGAGGCAGGAAAGGUCGUGGGAACCAGCAGAACCUGACAAAGAAUUGACAUCAACAGAGGAGCAAAAGAAACGUGCAAUUAGUGAAAGGUCCGAGUCGCUGCAGAAGGAAGAUGUGGAACAUUUAACUGGAGCUGGAGGUCAAGGAAGAGAAAAUCAGGCAAGAUACACAAUGGGAGCUCUACGCAAAGAAGUGACAGAAGAAAGGAGGAGACAUGAUAGUCAGAAAAAUUUUCAGUCAUUGGUUAUCCCCAAGCCUCAUCCACUGAGUGAGGAUAUUAUCUGUUUAACCGGGAUUCCUGUUCAAGAAAGAGAAAAUAAAUUUAAUAUGGAAACAAAAGCAGUAUCAAGCACUGAAGUGACAUCCACAGAAGAGCACACAACAGAUAACAGCUUUGGAAGCACAGACUCAAUGCUUAUGUCCGAAUGUCUUCUACAGAAGAAAGAUGUGAACCAUUUACCUUGGAUUGUAGAUGAAAGAACAAAAGCUAUUAUAAGUGGAGCCAUGAAAGGAUCUCCAAAGGAAUAUCCUCCUCAAUUCAAGGAAAGGAGAAGUGUGUUUGGAUACACAGCAGUAGUCGGCACGCAUGCAAACACCAACGAAUCAGAAGAAUCAGGCAAGGAAGAAACAUCAGUGGAAGGGCUCACAAGGCAUGGGAGCCUCCAAAGUAUACAGUCCUGGACGACCUCUGAGACUUUUUCAAAGGAGAAUGACGUGGUUCAUUUGGCUAGGAUUACGGAUGAAAGACCAGAAAAUAUCACAAAUGCGGAAGUGAAAGCAAUUCCAGACAAAGAAAUAAUAUGGUCAGAACAACAAAGACAUGACAACCAUGGAAAUGCUCGUUCAUUGACUACCUCUGAGACUUCUACAUAUAUGGAAGAUGUAGUCUCUUUUUCUGUGACUACAGAUCGAUUACUAGAAAAUAUGGCAAAUGCAGAAACUAAAGCAAAGCCAGCCAAUAAAGUGAUAUCCACAGAAGGACAAACAAGGGCUUACAACAAGGAAAGACCAGGGAAGGAAGAUGUGUGCCAUUUAGCUGUGUCUAUAGAAAAGAGAAGUGAAGCUUUGACGCGUGGUGAAACGGAAGAUUUAUGCAAAGAGGCAUCAUUAACAAAAGAACAAAGAAGACACAGUAUCCAUGGGUGUGUUCAGACACUGAUGAUCUGUGAACCUUUCCCACAGCAGAAGAACGUGAGCCAUUUAGGCGUGAGUACAGAUCAAAGGAUAGAAAGCAAAGGAACCAGAGAAAUGAAAGCAAAACCAGACAGAGGAAUUAUGACAUCAACUAAAGAACAAAGAAGACGGGAGAGCACGGAAAAACUGAGGAGACCGGCUAAUUCUGAACGUCUUCCACAGAAAAGCAUUGUCAAUCACUUAGUUGCAAGUGAACAUCAAAGAAAAGAAAAUAUGACAAAUGGUGAAAAAGAAGCUACAAACACAGAAAUGGCAUCAACAGACAAGCCUAGGAAGAGUAAUGAGAAUGAAAAAGUCCUAACUUUGAUCAUUUCUGCACUUCGUUCAACAAGAGAUAAUCCGGGUCACUUAGACAACACUGUGCAUCAAAGAAAAGAAAAUGAUACAAGUCUAGAAAUGAAUGCAGAACCAGGGGAAGUAGUAAAAUCAACAGAGAAACAGCGAAAGCAUGACAGCCAGGAAGAAGUUCAGUCAUUGAUAAUCUCUGAGUGCCUUCCACAGAAGCAUGAUACGAUUGAUUUAGCUCUUACUACAGAUCAAAGAAGACAAAAUAACACUACCAUAGAGAAGAAAGGUCCAUGCUACGAAGAGACAUCAACAGAAGAUGAUCAAAACUGUGAUAGCCAUAUCGUCUCUGAGCCCCUCGCACAGAAAGAUAUUGCUCAUUUACCUGAGAUUGCAGAUCAGAGAGGAGAAAAUGUGGCAAGUGGACGAACGAAAGAAAAACCAAACUUGUAUGUGAAAUCCAGAGACCAGAAUGGGGGAAAUGGCAGUGAGAACAGCCAGCCAUUGCUAAAGCAAAAAAGGAAAACAGGACUCAGCAACAAGAUGGACGCAGUGGGAAAGUCAUCUUAUGACAACACUACUGCUGGUGCUGCUGGUGGUGAUGGUGAUAAUGCAGCUGCUAUUUCUUAUAAUGGUGUAAAAGAUGGAGUCACCCAACAAAUGCAUUAUGGGAAGGCUUGUGACCAUCAAUUUUCUGUUACCCAAAGAGAGCAUGUUGGGCUGAAUAAGAAAACAUCCGACGGAAAGAAUAAGGCUCUAAAAUACAUGGAUUCUAUGGAUGACCAGUUAUCCGAAUCCCUCUCUGAGGACGAUGAUUUGCCUGAUUAUGACAACAUACUGAUGAUAGUUAACCAACUUCAAAUGAACUAUAAAGAUUCUGGGAAACCAUUGGAAAUCCAGGACGCAGUUCAAUCGUAUAAAAUGAUAAUGGAACGGAACCAAAGUCACUCAGAAUUGCUUAUCGAGAAAAGUAAGAGCAAGAGAAACCAAGGUAGCGAAGCGCUGAGGAAGCCACGAGGGACGGAAAAGGCAGAACUGCAACUCGGAAGCAAAAACGAAGAGCAGCAACUAGAUCUCAUUGAUGUGGGAUCGGCUGAAAAACAAGAAGUGCAACAAAGAAAUGCCGAUAGUUGCUAUGAAAAAAUGAAGAAACAAUUAACUGAAAAGGAGCAACAGUACACAAGAGAAAAGCAACAAUUUGAACUGCGCCUCAGAGCACAAGAUAUGGAGUUGCAGCGUCUCAGAAAUGAUAUAAAUAAGUUGAAAGAAGCACAGCGUCCAGAGACAGAGGCCGAACACGGCGACAGCAAGAUGAAGGAACACCUGCAAAAGGUUGAACAUGAAGUUUCCAAGUUAGUAGAAACCAUCAAAAAGCAAACAGAGACAAUAGAGCAGCUUGAGAGAAAGCCACCAAGUGAAGACAGGACAUUGGUAGGAACUGGCAAUCUGACACAAGCAGGACAAGAGUUCUCCAAUGCUAACAGAGAAAUGUAUACUUCUUCAGUGAUGAACCAGCUGGAACUCAGAAUUCAACAUUUGGAAAGGGCAUUCUCUGAAAUGAAGGCCCAAGCACGUGAGGAUGAUAUGGUGCUGGAAAAGUAUAUCAAAAUUUUUCAGUCACAUAAACUGAUGGAGACUGAAGCUAAGCUGAAGGAGGUCAAGACCCAGUUCGUCUUGCUGAAUCAGCACAACACAGCAUUACUCAGCAUGCUGAGCUCCGCGAUUGCGUCCGAGGGCCCCCGCAUGGCAAAUUUUCACAGGGAACUGGCACGCCUCUUUACCCAAGAGAACACGCUGAUUCCCACUUCAGACCCUCAGCCUUCAAAUCAGUCCGUAACUGCUCACCUGGAUGCGCCCGAGCUGCAUCAAAAAAGGAAAUGUCUGGAAUCUGCUAAAGAGAAAACUCCAAGUAAAAACUGUUUUAAACCAACAAAAACAUCAACUGCGUAUGAAAAUGGAGAUCAUAGUUUCUCUGAACUUUCGAAUGCCAGGCAAUUUGAAAUGAAUAUUCCAACUGAUGAACCACAACAUAAGAUAACAAGAGAAGACCAGGAAACUUUCGAUAAUGUACUAGGGAACCACAAUGCCUUGUUCAUAAACCCGUGGGAAUUCAGGUGUACAAAUCUGGAGUCGGAACACUCAGACAGAACAACUCAUCUAGACUUAUAUAAAGCAGAAUCAAAACAGUGUAAGGAUCCCUGUCUAGAAUGGGUAGCAAUGACGAAUUCAUCAUCUCAAGGACGACGAAGGUCUAAGCACAGACAAGAUAGGUCCAUGAGGAGGAAAUUUAAUAAAGUGGAGUCUUAUAGUUCUGCACUGAAUAUGUGCGUGAUGAACUCUGCCCCAGGGUUUGAAUCUGGACAACUCUACAACAGUUUGGGAUACAGUAGAGAUUUCCUGCAAAGGGAACCCUUGAUGACAAGCUCGAGGUCACAGCCCUUUGAGAGCUCAUUGAGCUACCUAAACAGGAUGAAAGCGGGAAAUGGAGAAACUUUCCAUGACGUACUUAAAACCCAAAAUACUUCAUUCAACAGUCCACAGGAAUUGUCAUUCACAAAUCUGCAACCCGAAUGGCCAGAAGAAAUGGCCUGUCAAACUUCAUAUAAAGCUAAACCAAAACCACAUGAAGAUUCCUAUCCAGAAAGGUUAGAGAAGAGAAAUUCUCCACCCCCUGAACAGCUAAAGUUUAAGGAGAGGCAAGAUGGGGUCGUGAGGAAGGCUUUUGGUGAAAUGGAGGCAAAUGGAUCUGCACCUAAUGUGUACACCCCAAGCCCUGUUGCAGGCCUGACUGCUUCUGGGUGUUUCUACAACAAUUCAGGACACAGCAGAAGAAUCAGGGAAAGAGAAUCCUUGAUCCCAAGCUUGGGACCACAGCGCACAGCUGAGAGUGUGGUGAGCUUUGCAAGCAGGGGAAGAAAAGAAAAUCCACAAACUUCUUAUGACAACGUAGGAAACCAUAAGGCCUCACACAUAAAGUCACAGAUAUCCACAGUUUCAAACCUGCAGUCCAAAUGCCCAGAAUUAACUCAUCAAACCUCAUAUAACGCAGAACCAAACCACUAUGAGGAUCCAUAUGCUGAAAGGAUAGAAAUGACAAAGCUGUUGACUUAUGACCAACUAAGGUCUAAGGACAGGAGAAAUGAGUCCAUGAGGAGGAACGUUGAUAAAAUGGAGGCUUAUAGUUCUGUGCCAAACAUGUUUACAAAGACAAGCCCUGCUCCAGGGUUUGGAUCCGAACAACCCUACAGCAAUUUAGAACACAGCAUGCAAAGAGAAGCCAAGAAGCCAAGCUCCAGGCCAUGGCACUUUAUGGAGAGUCUGGAUAGCUACCUAAGCAGGACUUGGCAGCAAUUAUAUGACCAGUCCUAGAGAAGACAAAGAUGGUACGCUUCUGAAAUGCACAAAUUAAGCUUAAUCAGGUCUGGAGUAAGUUAUCAUAAAUUAUAAAUGGCUUCAAUUCCCUUUGAUCUGUUGAUAUAUUCUGCAUUAAAUAUUUUUGUUGCACACACAAAAUAAAAGAUGUGAAAAUGUGAA